UUGAAAGGCAUAUAUUUAGAUAGUCCUGUUCUGUUUAAUUUCACAGGAGGAAAUUAAUCUUAACUGUAGGUGAACUCUUGACAUGCUGAAACGAUAAAGCUGGAGUACCUGAUUAGUUGAACUGUUGGUUUCGAAGGCUACAGCUUUCAUAGGACAUAAAAUAUUGUAGUAGUGAUUAUGAAAUGUUUUAUCAGAGAUGUCAUAUUUUAAAAGCCUGCAUUUUCCCCUUUAUUUCUUUGCAUGACAUCUUUGAUUCUCAUGAGAAUAAUUUAUGCAAAUUGCAGGUACAAUCGUAUUUGGAAUUGAUACAUUUAGAUUAGUCUGUUCUGUGUAAUUCCACUGGAGGUAAUUGAGGCCUAACUACAGGUUAUCUCUGGACAUCGCGGCCUGCUUUGUAAUGCUAAUGGUUCGGCUCAUUUGCCCUCCUACCGCUUCUCAUCUGCAGUAUCCCCAGCUCUUUGCUGCCCCUCCCCCCAAUUCCUGCAUACCACACUUCCUGAUUCCUGUGGGGGGGUCGGGGGGGUUAUGGCACGGCACGUGUUAUUUUGAUCAGGGGCUGAAAAAUGUGCAGAUAUAUAAAUAAAUAAGAUGCCUGAGGGGGCCUGUGCCGUGAGGCCGUGUUCAAAAAUAUCCCUCAGAAACCAGGAAAAAGCUGACCACCCGCUGGUCUGGCUCGCCUUGCUGGAAAAAAACAUUUUUAACUCUUUGACUCUUCGUGUUCCUUGUUAGCAGCGCAAAAACAUGCUUUCUGUAUGUUAUCGACACAAACAACUUGGUGGAAAGACUGACUGGGAAUCCCCCCCAAGUACCGGAAUGCACAGCCUGUGAAGAAGUCCUGGGGGGCACACUUACGUGAGGGAGGGAAAGACAAAGAAAGUUUGUGAAACUUCAGGAGAGAAAUGGGCUGCUAGUCAGUCCUUUUCAAGCAGAUAUCAGCGGACUUUGUGGCCCAGAAAUGAGCGGACAGCUGGAAAGUGUGCCGGACCCAGCCCCUCCGGUUAACGAGAGGGUUACCUUGGUGGUGGAUGGCACGCAUUUCGUGGUGGACCCCGCAGUCUUCACCGCUCACCCGGACACCAUGUUAGGAAGGAUGUUUGGCCCGGGACGGCAACACAACUUCACAAGGCCCAACGGGAAGGGCGAGUACGAGAUUGCAGAGGGCAUUGGUGCAAGCAUCUUUCGGGUUGUCCUCGAUUUUUACCGGACGGGGACUCUGCGCUGCCCGGACGGUGUUUCGGUGGCUGAGCUGCGGGACGCCUGUGACUACCUCUGUAUCAACUUUGACUACAACACAGUCAAGUGUCGCGAUCUCAGCGCUCUGCUGCACGAGCUGUCCAAUGACGGGGCUCGGCGGCAGUUUGAGGGCUUCCUGGAGGACCUGGUGGUGCCAGCGAUGGUGACCAGCGCGCAGGAGGGCGAGCGGGAGUGUCACAUCGUGGUGCUGACCGACGACGACACGGUGGACUGGGACCAGGAGCACCCCCCUCCCAUGGGCGAGGAGUACUCCCAAAUUAUUUACAGCACUAAGUUGUACCGCUUCUUCAAGUACAUCGAGAACAGAGACGUGGCCAAGGCGCUACUCAAGGAGAGGGGGCUAAAGAACAUCCGCAUUGGGAUUGAGGGGUACCCCACCUGCAAGGAGAAGGUGAAGCGGCGGCCGGGCGGCAGGUCAGAGGUCAUUUACAACUACGUGCAGCGGCCCUUCAUCCAGCUGUCCUGGGAGAAGGAGGAGGGGAAGAGCCGGCACGUGGACUUCCAGUGCGUGCGCAGCAAGAGCGUGCCCAACCUGGCCGCCAUGGCGGAGGGCGUGUCCCGGGGCGGCACCACGCCCGCCCCGCAGGUGGACGAGCUGGACCGCCUCAACGGGCCCGCCCCACACCUCCCUCCAGCGUCCCAGCCCCCCAGCGACAGCUGAGCCUGGACACAGGCCGGGCCCAACUGCCCCGCGUGUGGGGGACGGUCCGCGAGCCGCAUGCUAGCGGAGGCGGCUAGCGAGCGCCUCGUGCGGAGAGCCGAAUCGCGCUCACGUUCGCCGGCCUCAGGGACCCCUCCCGUGGGGACUGCCAGAAAACACACGCCGACAGGUCUGGCUUAUUUGAUGGUCCCCACUACAGUGAGCAGGAUAUUUUGAGAAGGGGUUCACCAGGUGACUCGCACCAAAGUAAAAACGCAGAAAAAGGCUUCCAGCAGGCGGCGCCUCUGUCUGAUACCCACCGACAUUUCUUUAAUUUCUUCAUCUCAUUUUUUUCCCUUUUACACCCAAUUUGGAAUUCGGUCUUGUUCGUUAGCCAGUCCCAUUGAGGUGUCUUCCGAAGGGCAGGUAAUCAGCUGAGGUAAUCUGAGGGCAGGUAACGUUCAAGGGCUGGUUAUCUUUUACAGUCUCCGCUAAGCUGUGCAUUCAUUGGCCUGGAGGACCCCUACUCACACAGCAGCAGAUGCAGGCAGGCUGCGGUCCACCCGAUCAACCGUAUGGGCCAACCUUGCGUCGGAAAACGGGGAGCAUCCUGCUAACUGAAGCCAUCUCGCGCUGUGUGACUCCAUGGCCAAUUAUACACCGCCGUCUGGGGCUGCCAGGUCGUGUGGUGCCACCCUGUACAAAGGGCAAGGGCUUUAACUGGAUGUUCCCACUGGCACCUCACAUUCCAUUUUUUAUUUGGUCCAUAGCUUUGGGUGCAGAACAUUGCGUCUGGGCAGGUGUGUGUCUGCAUUUACUCCUGAGGCCUGACCCAAGGUCAGACCAAGAUCAGGUGAAGCAUGGUCGUGCGUCAUGUGGGGUGGAAAAAAACACUUACUACUUAUGUCUGAGAGCUAGGUCAUUUCUUGAACGGUGGAGUGUGUGUGUUACUUGUUUGGGAAUUGAAUUAUGAUGUUGAGAUUCAAACUGACGAGGUGAAUGUUGGUCUGGCUUUUUAGAGUGAAGUAAUCAGUUAGGCAAUUCAUUUUCUUGAUUUAGAAAAUUUAACUAUUUUGUAACCCUCUUGAUUAUUAUUCCAAGUUGCAUUUUAUUGUUAUUCCUGUAAAUGCACUACAUAAGAGUGUCAGUCAUAGAUAAAAAUGAAUAUAAAAUAUGCUUUAAAAAUCUACAAUAUUCUUAAAGGUACACUAUGUUUUUUAAUGUAAUUGGAUACAUUUGUAAUGUCAAUUAAUUUUCUAUUGCAUAUGGCUCAAUAUGGAGGUUUUGUCCUAUAAAAAUUUGGAUAAACAAAUUACAAUGUACAGGCCCAUCCCAUCACAGUGCAGUGUAAGAUCAUUGCAGUUCCCCGAUCAACCAGAAGGGUUGCUAGUGAGCAGUUGGACUGGGGUUCAUCCUGCCAACUUUCAGCAUGUAAAACAGCCCUCCCUGCCCAACACUAAUCAGCACUGGAACCGUCCAGAUCCAAUCUGCACUGAAAGACUUACCACUGCAUUCAGCGCUCGUACAUUAGCCAGAUUUAACAAUGGGAAAGCACCGUGCUUUUGAUGUGACUUUUAAUGUGAAAGUGGGAUCUGUAAUCUCACCAGCUGUAUUCUCCUGUGGGGGUGCGGUG